AAUGACCUGAUUGGUUCUUCAGCCUUCUUCUCACAGCUCAUUAAGGAAAUACUGACAAACAGCCAGAUGAUUUUAUUCUCCACUUGUGUCACACAGGCUUUUUUCAUCCAUCUUUAUGCGGCGUGUUCCGUCUUCAUCUUGUCUGCUAUGGCGUAUGAUCGAUACGUGGCCAUAUGCAAACCUUUGCAUUACAGCACUGUCAUGACUAAAGCUCACAUCCUGAAAAUAAUCACAGCAGUGUGGUCAUCCUGUCUGGUUUCAAUAGGGGUGCUCUUUAUUCUUCUGUUGCGUCUGCGCUUCUGUCGAUCUGAAAUAACUCACCCGUAUUGUGAAAAUCCAACUUUGUUGACACUGGUUUGUGAAGACACCACCAUAAAUAACAUUUAUGGUCUUUUUAUAAGCGCUCUUUCACAAGUGGUAGCUAAUGCAACGGUUUUUUAUACAUACCUCCAGAUCCUCCUUGCGUGUUUCAGAACCAAGCGGUCCGACACCAAAGCAAAAGCUCUGCAGACGUGUGGUACGCAUCUGUUUGUGUUUCUGUUGAUGGAGUGUUUAGGCCUUUUCUCUAUCAUAUCUUACAGACUGAAGAGCAUUCCGCCACAUUUAAGGCGAUUCAUUGGAGUGUCAACAUUAAUCUUCCCCCCGACAUUAAAUCCAAUCAUCUACGGACUGAAAACAAAAGAAAUUCGUGAAAAAGUCAUGAUCACUUUUAAAAAAAAAAUCUUUUUGCCUCAAUGUACUGUCUCUUAACCUGCCUUUAUGUUGUACGUCAGCACAUUUGAAUGUGUUAUAUCUUUUGAUAAGUUUAAAAUGCAGAAGUAAAAGUAAGUCACCCUUCUUAUUUUGGAAAUAUGAGAUCAGAAUGGAAAAGAUUCAGUUUGGUAUUUGAUGAAAACUAAGUCAAUAAGUGUGUGUCUGUACUAAAGUUAAGGGUUUCCAGUAAAAAAGCCAUUAAACAAUAUUGUACACUAGAGGGUGCAAACAGAACACAAAUAACUCACUGAAAGCCAAACACCUUCCACUUCACCACAGACUGGAAACAUGAUUGGUGUGAGACCUGGCUGAUUUUGGUCUGUGUGGUUUGCUGCCCUCUUGUGUUUAAAGUCUUUAACAAAGAAAAGCUCAGUCUGAAAUAAUGCAUGCAUUCAGAGGAUAAUGAAAAUAUAUAAUCCACAUCUGAUGGUUUUUAAAUUAUUUAUUUAUUUAUUUAUUUAUUUAUUUAUUUAUUUAUUUAUUUAUUUAUUUGGUUGUAACUAUUAACUCUUAACAUUAGGACAAAAUAAAUACAAAAACUUUUUUUUUUCAGUUUUUGGAUUUGAAAUCUUCUGUAAAACUUUCUAACUGCAUCGUAAUUGUUGAUUGUAAAAGUAAUUAGUGCAAAGUGGUUUUUUUGUGUGUGGUUUGUUAUAUUAAUGUUGUCUUUUUUCUUGCUUUGUGCAUCUUCAUCGUUUUUUAUUGUAAUUUUAACAUGCUGUAGAGUGAGUCUGAUUUCUUCAAAAAUAUAUUUUAGGGUCAUGAGGUUAUUGCAUAUGUUUGUCAAACUAUGUAUAAUCACGUGUAUUGUUGCAAUGUUUGUUGUUUUGUGAUGAAUAAAACAAGUGAACAUAUGAA